CAUAAAUUUAGUCACCGACGAAACUUGCCGAAUACGCAACGUUUCAGUUUGUUUCUAGACGUCUCAGCGUGUGGUUCACCGUUACUUUCAGCGAAUUCCUGUAUAAUUCUGUUGUGAAUUACUCUCAUUGAGACUACUUACUCUGAUCUUAUUGUUGUGAUUUAAUUGAAAAGUUAACAAUGUUUGCUCACCACCAAGAUAUUCAAGAAGAAGCGAAACUCGAAGUAAUGCAACGAGUUUGGCAAGGAAGUAGACGUAAUGCCUCAUCUUCCACGGCAUUCUUCGAGCAAGUCAAUGAAACUGAAGAUGAUAUUUUGACCACCUUACCAAGACAAAACACCUGGAACCACCUUUGCGUUCCGCCACCACAAGAAGAAAAACCUUGCAGCGAUGUAGAGAGCGAUAACGAAUGCCUCGACUUAACUGAGUCAUCAAUCUUAUCGAAACUUCACUACAUUAAGACACAAGAAUCAUGCGUAAAACUAGACGCUUCAACGCUAAAAGAUCUACCUGCGCACUAUACCAUUUGUGCUCUACAGCCUCACCAAUUGCCCGUUUGCGGGGUGUACAUCGACAGCAGGAUCAUUACAGGGUUCAAGUAUAAGGUGCGUCCGUUACCACGUGUCGGCGAAAAGUCUACAGUUAAUAAAUGUCUGUUUGGAGAGAGGGCGCUUAUGUUACAAAGCAUUGGCAGAGGUUUUGCCAGGCGUUUAACAUUCGAAUCAGAUAAAAACCACCUAAACAACAACGACAACUACUUCUAUAGUGACAACAGGCCGGAGGGUUACGCUUUCGAGCUCGAAGUCGUUUCCGAAGGAGAUAAAUUUACCAUUUUUGAUAUGAAUAGAGAAGCCCAGGGAACUGUGGAAAUCUUAAAAGUUGAAGGUCCUCAAUUAGAAAUUUCUAGCUCAUUUACUAAACAAGGCAUUGAAAAAAGGGCCAAUGUUAAAUUUACAGGCAAAGUAGAAUUUUACGAUACCGGCGUGGCAAAGCCGACUUUGCUAACCGGUGUGGCCGUCGCCUUAAAGUUCAAAGGCAAAAAUGCCGCAGAAGUAAUUAAAGUGGUCAAUAUCCACAUUAAGAAGCAGAGAUAUUAUUUGGUGCCUGGAAUUAAAAAUAACUACAGGAGAGUCACUGUUAGAGGAGAAGAUAUUAAUGACGUGCCUACUAAGUAUACUAUGACUGGACUGGAACCGUACGAGUUACCUGUCGUAGGUACCUACGUGGACUCGAGAGUAAUCCCGGGAUUCUCCUACAAAGUGAGGCCUAACAAUAAAAAGUACCAUCUGUUUGGUGGUAGAGCACUAAGGCUUAUUAGCAUAGGAAUGGGAUAUGCAAAGAGACUUACUUUUGAACCCGAUACGCUAAACAAUCCAGAUAACUUCUUGUGGUCAGAUAACCAUCCGGAUGGUUUAGGGUUGGAACCGCGAGCAGUAAGCAAAGGAAUGAAAUUCAACGUUCAGGCCGGAGAUCAAAUUAUUGGUGAAGCGACUGUUUUUAGGGACGAUAAACCACAAUUUGAGGAGAAAACUGAAAAGAUACAAACUCCAAAAGGAACUACCAUAGAAAAACACAUUCACGUAGACGUGAUUUGCCACAUCCAACUGGAACGUCCAGGUGGUGCCUCCACCGAACAAGACUCGUACAUGAUGAGAAUUUCCGGUGUUGCCGUGGUCCGUAAAGAAGCCAAGAGUAACAUCGCAAAAGUGGCAGAAAUUAGCAGAAUCGGUCUCGAUUCACAACUUUACGUAUUGUUCUCUCAAAUGCAUACGGAAAUUAAGUUUAUUCCGCAAUAAACUAAUUUAACUUUAUUUUUGAGGAAUCUCAAAUCAUAAUUUUUCUCGACUGAGUUGAUUUUAUUAAGUAUAAUAUUUGGGUUAUCACAAGUAUUAUUUAAAGGCUUCCUAGAGGGUUCAGUUCAUUUAUCCUGUCAACGAUAUUUAUUAUAAUGUAUGCUUUCUAAAAAUUAUUUGUAACAUAAUAUAAAAUAAUUUUAUAGUUAAGUAUAAGUUACUUCCUUUAUUUUUUAAUGUAAAUUGUCAUUGACGGAAAAAUGAUUGGACUAUAUAAGAGAAUUUAGGCUGAUUUAGUGCUGUCAUUGAAUUGUUCCAUUUUUAACUUUUUCAUAACUUUUAUUAUUUUUAACAUUUAUAUACUUUUAAAUAAAGUUUUUUGUGGAACUA